CGCCUCCCCAUCCUGCCUCCCCAUCUCGCUCCCUGCCUCCGAUCCCGCUUCCUGCCUCCCCAUCUCGCUCCCUGCCUCCCCACCCGCUCCCUGCCUCCCCAUCUCGCUCUCUUCUUCCCAACUCGCUCCCUGCCUCCCCACCCGCUCCCGCCUCCCCAUCCUGCCUCCCCUUCUCGCUCUCUGCUUCCCAUCUCGCUUCCUGCCUCCCCAUCUCGCUCUCUGCUUCCCAUUUCGCUCCCUGCCUCCCCACUCGCUCCCUGCCUCCCCACUCGCUCCCUGCCUCCCCACCCGCUCCCCAUCUCGCUUCCUGCCUCCCCACUCGCUCCCCGCCUCCCCAUCCUGCCUCCCCAUCUCGCUCCCUGCCUCCCCACCCGCUCCCUGCCUCCCCAUCUCGCUCUCUGCUUCCCAACUCGCUCCCUGCCUCCCCACCCACUCUCUGCUUCCCCACUCGCUCCCUGCCUCCCCACCCGCAUCCUGCCUCCCCACCCGCUCCCCGCCUCCCCAUCCUGCCUCCCCAUCCUGCCUCCCCAUCUCGCUCUCUGCUUCCCAUUUCGCUCCCUCCCUCCCCACCCACUCUCUGCUCCCCAUCUCGCUUCCUGCCUCCCCACUCGCUCCCUGCCUCCCCACCCGCUCCCUGCCUCCCCAUCUCGCUCUCUGCUUCCCCACCGCUUCCUGCCUCCCCAUCUCGCUCUCUGCUUCCCAACUCGCUCCCUGCCUCCCCACCCGCUCCCCGCCUCCUCAUCCUGCCUCCCCAUCUCGCUUCGUGCCUCCCAACUCGCCCUCUGCUUCCCCACUCGCUCCCUGCCUCCCACCCGCUCCCUGCCUCCCCACCCGCUCCCCGCCUCCCCACCCUCGCCCCUGCCACCUGCAUUACCCUCGCCCCUGCCACAUCAAUACCCUCGCCCCUGCCACAUCAAUACCCUCCCCCCUGCCACCUGCAUUAUUACCCUCGCCCCUGCCACAUCAAUACCCUCGCCCCUGCCACCUCAAUACCCUCGCCCCUGCCACAUCAACCCCCGCAUUAUUACCCUCGCCCCUGCCACCUGCAUUAUUACCCUCGCCCCUGCCACCUCAAUACCCUCGCCCCUGCCACAUCAAUACCCUCGCCCCUGCCACCUGCAUUACCCUCGCCCCUGCCACCUCAAUACCCUCGCCCCUGCCACCUCAAUACCCUCCCCCCUGCCACCUGCAUUACCCUCGCCCCUGCCACCUGCAUUACCCUCGCCCCUGCCACCUCAAUACCCUCCCCCCUGCCACCUGCAUUAUUACCCUCGCCCCUGCCACAUCAAUACGGUACCCUCGCCCCUGCCACAUCAAUACCCUCGCCCCUGCCACCUGCAUUACCCUCGCCCCAGCCACCCUCCUGCCUGCCCACCCGCUCAUUGCCUCCCCACCCGCUUCCUGCCUGCGCACAAACCCCGCAGAAAC